GAUUAAUUUCCUCAAAAACCCUAUUCACCCCCUUUUUCUGCUCUCUCUCUCUCUCCUCUUUCAUUCAACUAUAAUGAAAAGCACAUCAAGAAAUAGAUUGGGGGGGGGGGGGGGGGGGGGUUAGUUUGCUUCCCCUCUUUUGAGAAAAAACCAAUCUUACAUCAUUUCGAGAAUACAAAGGUACCAAAUCAACCAACAGGACACUCUUCUAAGAUUUUCUACUAUUGCUCAAACAAGGUAACUCCAAGAAAACCAUACAACAGAAAUGAACUAAAUGAAAGAGAGAGAGAAAGAAAAAGGAAUCCUUACCCUUACUCUCCCAUCAAUCCCUUCAUUAAACUCUUCUUCUUUUUGCCUCUCUAGGACAAAUAUGGAAAUCUUUUGAUAUUUCAAUCAACAAACUAAACAUCAACUUUGUCCCAUCUUAAUUAAUUUCCUCUUAUAUCCACCCAACAUGUCCCUUCACUUAUUAUAACCCCUAAAAAGAUCUCAAACAACAAGGCAUUAACAGAAAAAGUAGAAGAAGAUGAACAGUUACAACAUCAAGAAGUGACGGAUUAUAAGAUUCAAGAAGAGAAAAACGUAAGAUCGCUUAAAGAGCUGAAAUAUUAAUGGAUUCCUUCCCAGAAGUUGAGAGUUCCAAUCAUUUGGCAAAUAUCAAUAACUCUAACAACAGUCACCUGACCAAUAGCAGAAACAUCAACAUCAACAACAAUAAUAUUACAUCGUCAUCGUCUUCAAGCCGAUACGAGAACCAGAAACGCCGUGAUUGGAACACUUUUGGCCAGUACCUCAAGAACCAUAGGCCCCCACUCUCUCUCUCCCGCUGUAGCGGCGCUCACGUCCUUGAAUUCCUCCGUUACCUCGAUCAAUUUGGUAAGACCAAAAUUCACACCGCAAUAUGUCCAUUUUACGGUCAUCCAAAUCCUCCAGCACCUUGUCCCUGUCCACUUCGUCAAGCUUGGGGAAGCCUUGAUGCACUCAUCGGUCGUCUUAGAGCUGCUUAUGAAGAGAAUGGAGGAAAGCCUGAAAUGAAUCCUUUUGGUGCUCGUGCUGUUAGGCUUUACCUUCGUGAAGUUCGCGAUUUGCAGUCAAAAGCAAGAGGAGUUAGCUAUGAGAAGAAGAAACGGAAACGCCCUCCGCCACCACCGCAACAGUUUACUGCUCUGCCGCCGCCAUCAACAUCAGGUGAAGCUUAAAAUGACUAAAAUAUAUGCAACAUUACUCAUGGAUUUUAGUUUAAAAGUUCAUGUUUUCUAGCAAUUAGUAUAAGUUGUUUUGAGGAUCUAUAUGUUCUUAAUUAUGUCACUACGUAGGUUUUGGUUAUUAAUCGUGAAUAUUUAUAUAUUGUACUGUCAGUUUUUUCU